CAGAGGAGAACAGCAGCUCGCUCACUGAGAGGAGAAAACGUGCCGACAAUGAACACCACAUCUUGUCAAAGCAUCUACUUUAGCUUCCAAACAAGAUUCUUGCCUCCAGUUUACGUCCUGGUAUUCAUCAUCGGGCUGGUGGCUAACGGAUGGGGCCUGAAGUCUUUGAAGCACAACUGGAAGAAACUUGGGAAUAUCAGCAUCUUUGUCCUUAACCUUGGACUUGCAGACGUUUUGUAUCUGCUUACGCUCCCCUUUCUGAUAAUAUACUACUACUUCACCGGAACCAAAUGGAUCUUUGGAGUUGCAUUCUGCAAGUUUACAAGAUUCUGUUUCAAUGUGAACUUAUACUGUAGCAUUGGGUUUCUUACCUGUAUAAGUGUGUACAGGUACCUGGCCAUUGUCCAUCCGAUGAGAGUGAUGGGAAGAUUGACUGUGACACACUCUGUGGCUAUCUCAGUCCUGGUUUGGUUGUUGGUAAGUGUACAGAGUCUUCCAGACAUGGUCUUCCCCAAAACAUUGAGUAACCAGACAGAGAAAUGCUUUGAUACCACUUCUGAGGAAUACGUAGAGGACUACCUGAAGUACAGUCUUGGAUGGACAUUUGUUGGAUUUUGUCUCCCAUCCCUCAUCAUACUGGGCUGCUAUGGACAUGUAAUUGUUUUUCUUUGUUACAAAAAAAACAUUGAUGAGGUCCUGAAGCAAAGAAGCUUGAAGUAUUUGAUGGUCUUGAUCCUUCUCUUCUCUGUUUGUUACAUCCCCUACCACGUACUCAAGAACCUCAACCUCCUGUCGAGAGUCCUGACCAAACAUAAAAUAUGCCAUGAAUGGUCAAAUGGAGUCUACAUUGCUCAUCAAAUCUGCCGAGGUGUUGUGUGUCUGAAUAGUGCUCUGAACCCUCUGGUUUACCUCCACGUAAAUGAGAAUAUUUUUACUCAGCUGAGACAUUUUCUCCAGAGAAUCUGCUUCAGUGUGAUGGAGCUGUCCUCCAGCAGUCAACAAGCUGUUGUCCUGGAAAUGCACACCAAGGAGUCAGGUCUGCAACAAUAGAGUUCAGCAUGUUAUUCUAUGCAAAUUUACAAAAGCUUAACUUUUUUUGUUUUGUUUUGAUUUUUUGUUUGUUUGUUUGUUUUUGUUUUUUGAGACAUGGGAUUUCAACAGAAGUGACUGCAUUAAAAUGUGUUAAUGUGUCCGAGUAAAUUAACCUGGAACAUAGAAAAGAAGUGUAAAUGGUUGUCUCCUAAAAUAAAACCACAUUACUUUCAAUGAAAGCCAAGUCAACUUUAUUUAUAAGCACAUGUAAAAAACAUAUAUUGAACAAGGUGCUGUACAACUAAGAGAGAUAAACUACAAAUAAAACUUGGACUAAACAACAAUAAAACAGAUAUAAAAUAAAUAAAAGACAACAAAAAGAUAAGCAUGACAUUAUUUAGCAAGAAAUGUCAAAACUUUGUCUGGUUUAAAAGCUCUGGCUGCAGAUAAUAGCAGCCCAAUUAAUCUAGGAAUGAGUAAAGUAAUCCUAGGAAUGAGUAAAGUAAUCCUAGGAAUGAGUAAAGUAAUCCUAGGAAUGAGUAAAGUAAUCCUAGGAAUGAGUAAAGUAAUGUCUGAUGAGGAAUUGUGCUACAAAAGUGAACAUGAGCACUUUUUUCUGGUGUUUUCAGGUAAUGAAGCACAAGAUAGUAUUAUGUAAGGAAGAGUGAAUACCUCAUCAUUAACCACAUCAUCGUCAUGGAAACUAACAGGACUUUAAUGAUUCAUUUUAAAACGAAGUCAGAGUGCCUGUCCUAUGCUACGUGUUAGGAUUCCUGCUUUAGUGUCUGCAAACAUCUUCUGGACCGUAGUAUCUCGUGGUGCUGCCUGUACACAGGAGCCUAUUAAGAAGAGGUUAAAAUAAUACAUUUUUUAAUGUCACCAGACCGUUUUGAGAACUGGUGUCUAGUCUCUAGUUGCUUAGAAAUGGGAGGUAUGAAAAAAACAGGAUGCAGAUGCAUAGAUAUUCAGUAAACUGUGAAACAGUACAGGAAACUGUGAUACCACCAACUAUGUGGUUUCAUGAUUAUACCUCUCCAACCUUUUUUUUUUUUAUCUUCAUUCAAUUUUUUUUUUUAUUUUGUUUUUCUUAUUACCAUAAUUAUAUUUUACUAUAAAUAUUUAAACUUUUCAAAUGACUUUGUUUGGUCUCAGCUGUGCGACGUUAAGACCAAAAAAAAAUUUCAUUGCCAUUGAUGAUGCAUGUUGUUCUAUGGUACAUGACAGUAAAGAAACUUAAAAUCAUUUCUCUCUAAUUUAGAAAAUCAUCACAUUAAUCAAAUCAUUUUGUGUGUAUGAGUGUGUGACAGAGAGAUGGAUUAUGUGUUUGUUUUUAAAUUGUUAUGUUAUGUUAUGUUAUAAAUGUUAUGUUGUGUUAUGUU